AAAAAAGCUUCUUCCACCAUCUGAGGAGGAACUCGUAGCCGUCAUGUUGUGUGUUGGUUGGCGAGUUUGGUUUACGGUGAUGGCUGCAGACCGACGGUAUAAAUAGAGCAUCAUCGCCGCAACUGAACUGGAUUCAUCAGUUGGCACGCUGAUCAGGCUGAGUCCCACAUGCAGGCACGUGUGAUGCGCAUUUGACUUUUUUCUUUUUUUUUAAAUUUACUUUUAUUUUCAAAGAAGUGGAAUUCGUUCACAGCCGAAUCACAGAAGUGCACAGAUAUUUUUAAUCUUCACCUCUCGUUGAGUUGUGUCCCGCUCUGGAGAUGUGGUGGAUGCUGUUUCCACGGUGGAUCUGGUUCCUGGCGUGUGUGUCAGUGUGGAUGGAGCUCCAUGCCGGAGUUUUGUCCCAUAUUAUCUAUUCCCACGCGGGUAUGUGUCCCAAUGACAUGAACCCCAACCUGUGGGUGGACGCCAUGAGCACCUGCACACGAGAAUGUGAAUCUGAUCAGGAGUGCGAGUCCUUUGAGAAGUGUUGCCAAAAUGUCUGCGGGAAUCGGAGCUGUGUGGCAGCCCGUUACAUGGACAAAGAUAAGGGCCCCGUGGGAAUGCCCAAAGAAGCAACCUGUGCAAGUUUUAUGUGCACCCAGCAGGGGUCUGAGUGUGACAUCUGGGACGGCCAGCCGGUGUGUAAAUGCCGGGACCGCUGCGAGAGAGAGCCGCACUUCACCUGCGCCUCCGACGGCAUGACAUACUACAACAAGUGCUACAUGGAUGCAGAGGCGUGCUCCAAGGGCAUCACCCUCUCUGUUGUCACGUGCCGCUUCCACCUCACCUGGCCCAACACCAGCCCCUCACUGCCCCAGGCGACCACUCUCCGCCCCACCACUGCUCCCCUGCAGGCGACUAUCCCACCUCCUACUGAGCCUCAGCCCCCCGUGGUGGUCAGCAGCCCUGCUCAACAGACCGUGAACGUGGGGGACACAGCUAGCUUCCUGUGUGAUGUAACGGGUCGGCCACGCCCGGAGAUCACCUGGGAGAAGCAGCUGUCAGAUGGAGCUGAGAGGGUGAUCAUGAGGCCCAACCACGUGCGGGGCAACAUGGUUGUCACAAACAUCGGUCAGCUGGUUAUCUACAACGCCCAGCCGCAUGACUCGGGCGUCUACACCUGCACAGCUCAAAACCCAUCGGGCUCUGUGAAGGCCAACCAUCCGCUCACUGUGCUGCCCACAGAGGUGCUUCAAACUCCUGAGCCCAAGAACCUGACUCGCUGCCUGCCUGAGGAGUGUCAGAAACCCCCUGACAGCUCAGAUGAAUGUGGGAGUGAGCUGGAAAAAGUCAGCUGGUACUAUGAGCCCAAGACCAACAACUGCUUCUCCUUUACACACUGCCACAGCAACAACAACAGCCAGCCGUCCAGGAGGGUGUUUGAUACGUACGAGGAGUGCAUGCAGUGCUGCGGUCCGGAGCUGUCAGGCCCUUGUGGGCUUCCUAGCCUGCAGGGCCCCUGUAAGGCUUACGAGCCAAGGUGGGCCUACAGCAGUGCUCAGCGGCAGUGUCAGUCCUUUAUCUACGGAGGCUGCGAGGGCAAUGACAAUAACUUUGAAUCUAAAGAAGCCUGUGAGGAGAUGUGCCCCUACCCUAAAAACCACCACUGCAAGGCCUGCAAGCCCAGAGGCAAGAUGGUGACAAGCUUCUGCCGGAGCGACUUUGUCAUCCUGGGUCGUAUGACGGAGCUUACAGAGGAGAAGGACUCAGGUCAUGCCCUUGUGUCUGUGGAAGAGAUCCUCAAAGAUGAGAAGAUGGGUCUCCGCUUCUUUGGCAAGGAGCCUCUUGAGGUUACUUUUCUCAACAUGGACUGGAACUGCCCGUGUCCAAACAUCACCGGUGCCGCUGCAGAGGGACAGGUCAUCAUCAUGGGCAAUGUUAAUGAUGGCAUGGCCGUCCUUCAGCCUGAGAGCUACGUAGGUGCUUCCAGCCCUCGUCGGGUACGGAAACUGAAAGAAGUCAUCUCCAAGAACACGUGUGACAUUCUCAAAGCGAUCACCAACAGCCCGCAGUAGGGUUCAAGUUAUCAAGUGUACCUAAAGUUUAGUCAGAAACAACAAGCUGAAAUCUUAUCAGCAUUCACUGCGGUAAUGUUUUGAUUUUUAGAGGCCAUUCCUGUUACAUUAAAUGGAAUUAUUUAUGUUUCUAGACAUUUUCAGGAGUUCCUGAUGAGAAAUCCUGUCAUAUGACAUUUUGUAUGUUUUCAUGUGGUCUGUUUUGCAGCUGAGCUUUUGUGGUUAUGUUGUGGCCAUUGGUGUUGUUGAUUGAAAUACCAUGUAUGUGAGCACAGGAGACAUCCAUCACAACCUUCUAGUUACCUUAACCCCCAGACUCUGUCUUCCCUCACGCCCCGUCCUGCCUCCAGCAGAAAUGGAGCUUGCAGACUUUGACAAGACACAAAGAAGUCUGAUGGUAUUGUACAUAAUGUAACUGUCUUUUGAUUGUUGUAUUUUCUCCCUGACACUUGCUUUACUUACCUUACUUUAACAUCAGACAUUUAGUCUGUAUUUCAUACAUUAUCUGUGUACCAUAUUGCACAUGAAAUGUGACAAGGUAGAUUUGGUUAAUCCAGAUAAAUGAGUUGUAAUAUAUAUUUUUUAGCUGCUGCAUUUUCUCACAAUAAGUCGUGGAAUGUUUUUUAAAAAAAUUAUUUUCUCCUAUUUCUUGGCUAUUUAUUAUCAUAUAAGCUUUUCAUUGUUUUUGUCUAUGUUUUUUUGUUGUUUGUUUUUGUUGUUUGUUUUUGUACUUCACAUCAUUUCUAAAAUUAAAUGGAAUUUUGUAUAAUUUUAUGUAAUUUGUGAAGAAAAUAAAAAUACUUGACUUCA